AGCAAACACACAAGCCUUGGAGUUUGCCUUCACACGCACACGCAGAAAUCUCCCCUUCGGGAGUUACAAGAGCUCGUCUCACCUGGUGUGGCUAGAGACUCCCCGUCUCUUUCCUUGGUUUCCAAACCAAACCUCUUCUGAGGUUCAGCUCGGAGCUUCAGUGAUUUCAUUGUCGUGAAGGGUUGUCUUUUACGAGCUCAGGCAUGAAGGCUGAACUGCUAAUCGCACCGACAGAGGAAUACCACGCUUCAGAGGACUGUGAGACCACUAGCCGGGCGCUCUAUAACUUCUGCGCAGCUGUGAUGAUCAUCAUCUUCCUGCUGGCUAUCCCACUGAACAUCUCAAUCCUCCACCUCUUCAUCGUCAAGCUCAAGUUCUGGAAAUCCAACACCAACAAUGUGUUUCUGUUCAACCUGGUCCUGGCCGACAUCUUGCUGUUGUUCUGCCUGCCUGUGAAGGCCUACAACUUCAUCCACAGUGGGAGAUACAGUGAGAACGAUGUUGUCUGCAAAGCCAUGCUCUUCAUACUCUUCCUCAACCGAGGAGCCAGCAUCGCCUUCCUCACCGUCAUCUCCAUCGACCGCUACUUCAACGUUGUAGAUCCUGGGAGGAAGAACCUCCUGAAAGCCCUGAAGAAGUCUCCUCAGAUCUCCAUCCUGAUCUGGCUCCUGCUGCUCACUCUGACCAUUCCUGCCAUGUUGAAGCCUUUCGAGUGCUGCAACAGCCACAAGAGCUAUAGCUACAGCUACAACGCCACGGAGAAGCGGGAAGACACCGUGGUGAAGGACGUGGUGGACAGUCUGAGGGAGGUGGUGUUCUUCACGCAGAUCUUGAUCCCCUUCAUAAUCCUGCUGUACUGCACGGUGCGCAUCGUCAACCGCCUGAAGAGGAAGACGGUGGGGGACAAGACCAAGCUGAGGAGAGCCAUGUUCCUGGUCUCCUUGGUCAUGGUGUUGUUCUCUGUCUGCUUCCUGCCCUGCACCGCGGCCAGGAUCGUUCUGCUGGUGGCCCGAGUUCAGGCGUGGAAGCAGCUCUCAGAGGAAACAGCGGUGCAGGUGUUUGACGGCGUCAUGGUCCUCUCCUUCAUCAACUGUCUGCUGGACCCCUUGGUUUACUGCUUCUGCAGCACCAAGUUCAAAAACAUCUACCUGGGCAAUUACUUUCCCUGCCUUCUGAAGAAACACGCCCUUGAUAACAGCACCUUCACAGCAAACGCAAAUCCCAAACGCAAUAAUGUCUCAGGAAGAUCAACGCAAGAAAGGCAGCAGGUCCGGACGGCAUGAGCUCUCGGCUCCUCAAGUCCUGUGCAGACCAGCUGUGUGGGAUUGUGGAGCGGGUCUUCAACCUGAGCCUGAAGCUGGGGAGAGUUCCACAGCUGUGGAAGACAUCCUGCGUGGUGUCAGUACAGGGUAGAAAUUGUAAAAAAAAUUAGGGGGCAAUUUUUGCCCCCAUUGACUGAAAUCCAGGGGCAUUUAAACAAAAUUGGGGGCACUUUUUGAAACUUGUGAAAUAACAUUUAACCUUUGUUCAAAAUUAUAAAUAUACUUAUUUAGUCUUACAGUAUAUGAGCAAUUGUCAUCAAAUGGCAAUACUAAGACUAUUAAGCAGUUUUCUUACAUUUUUUUGUGCUGCACUAUUGUAUCUGGGUAAGAUUUAACGCAACAACCAAUGAAAAAAAAGCAUAUCCUGGAAUUAUUCAUGUGAUUCUGCUACAACAUCUGCGAAAGUUUCCAGCAGGUUCAUUCACCCACAGAGGAAACCACUGGAGCUCGAGCUCACUUUGAGCACAAAGUCAAGAGUAAGUCAUGAUUUCCUGUUUUAAUGUUACAACAAAUUCAAAACUUGUUUGACACAAACAAUAACAACUUGACUGGUGUUAGAAUAUGUUUCCCAGAUAAUUAGCAUCCGUUUUUCAUGAGUGUCUGUAACUUAGCCAACAGUUUUACAGCCUGUUCACUGACAACAACUGCUCAGAACAAGUAAUCUAGUAGGGCUGUCCCCACUCAAUCGACUAGUCGAUUUUCUGGUCGAUAUGCUCUUGGUCGACUGAGAUUUUUUUAGUCGAGCUGCCUUAUGGCAGUGUGAGAUCCAAUUCCCGCGUGUGUCACCAUUGCUGAAUUAAAGAAAUGUUCUACAGAAAUUGUAGAUUAUAUUAUUUAAGACAAAUAAAGCAACUCAAAUAAUAUAUAAUUUAAAAUAAAAGGUGUUACUGUUUUCAAUUUUUUUAAUCUGCGCUUUGUUUUUUGCACACGGCACGAGCACAAUUCGCUGCCGAACUACAA